UCCGGAGCAGGGCUGCCAACCCAACGACUGCACUGUGCCCACGAGCACCCUUCAAAGGACGCCACGAACUCGUCUCAAAAGACGUUCCACAGUCAAGAAGAUCGGUCUAAGAAAAAACAUGUAAUGUUUUCACUGUUAGGAAGCGGUACAUUCAAGCCAGCUCCGGGAGCAAGGUGGACAUUUGACUUUCAGAGGGUUGAGGUCGAACUUGUGACUUCUGAGAAGGCUGUUGUUUACAAACUUUUAAACUGGCGUCCUACGCUGACAUCUGCAGUGCAGAAAAUUGAUUAUGUAUAUUUACAAGUUCUGCAAUCGCACAUUGUUUUGUGUCAGGUUGGAAGAAACUGAAAGGGAACUUCCAGUCCACCAAGAGUGUGUUGCGUCCUAACUUGCUGAUCUUAAACUUUAUUCAAAAUGAGAGCUAAUAAAGCCUCAAAUGUAGUUUGUGAACAGCAGGCAAAGUUUGUUCAGGAAAGAAUUGUUUCAGUUGAGAAACAUUUUGCAGAAAUGUGUGAUAUUUUUGGAUCCGUGGCAAAGAAAAACGCGGGUUUACGAGAUAAAAAUGAUGAACUUUCCAAAGCCAUAAGAAACUAUGCAGAGAAUGAAAAUGUGAAUCAGUCACUCAAAUCCAAUUUGAUGGAGUUCUCUGCUAUUCUAACAUCUGUUGGUGACUAUCGUGACACUCAGGUGAAGCGUAUGGAAAAUAAGGUGGUAAGUGAAUUGUCUCAAUAUGAUAGUAUCUGCAAACAUUCACGUGAGGAGGUGAAAGCUACAUUUUCUGCAAGAGAAAAAGAAUUAGUGCGAAAACGCCAAUUGGACCGCAUUCGAGAACGCAAUCCUAGAAAUAGGCAGAUGAUUACUCUAGCUGAAACAGAGCUUUUAAAAGCAAGUGCUGAAGUUUCACGCUCAAUGAAGGGUCUGGAGGAACAAAUGAACAUUUUUGAGAAAAAGAAGCUUGAAGAUAUAAAAUCAGUUCUUCAAGACUAUGUGUUGACUGAAAUAGCUUUUAAUGCAAAAUCUCUGGAACUGUUUACCAAGGCUUUCCAAGAUCUUCAGAACAUCAGCAUUGAAGAUGAUGUGGAGGAUUUUAAGGAUGUACUUCGAGUUCCUGACUCUAUAACCCGUUUGGACACUGUCAAGAGAACUUCUUUCCGCGCUUCCACUCCCCUUGGUUCACUGGCCAACCUCUUCACUACUCCUCCAAGGUUUAGAAGGUCCUCUGACUCAGGUUUAGCAAGAUCACCACCCAAGGAGAGGGGUGGCAAAUCUCAAUCUGUGGACUCAUUGAAAAAGGGUUUAGGAGAGUCCUCAGAAUCUGUGGAGGUGGAAGACUUUGUAGAUGAUGAAUCAUCAUACACUAGUGAUGAAGAUUAUGACAGAAAAUGAAGAUGUAUCAAGCUCAAAAUCUCUCUUGUAGUUAUUGUUAGUAAACAAAAAUUUCAAAGGAAGACAAACAAUAAAAUGAAACUAUUAACCGUUA